CGAUUCAAACCCAGGCCUGCUUAACCACUUCAUCCGACAGAGCCCUCCUUUCUCCUCUGGCGUCCUCCAUCCAUACACUCCGCACUCUGGCGCUCUCGCCCACCCACCCCCCCCUGCUAUCCUGGCGAUCGAGAGAUCGGACGGCUUCGAUCGAUCGAUCGCUGGGUGGCGGUCAGCCAUUCUUCAGGCCUGACGACCGUCGGCACAACCGUUUCUCACCCAUCGGGUCGAUCUCCACAUCGUUCUAGAUGAGCCUCACCUCCUUGCUCUGUCCACCAUGAACAGGAAACGGCCCACCGCCAGCAGUGCUGCUCGUUCCGUCUCGCUGCCCACUCUGGCGCCCGCCUCGCCUGCCCUCCCGGCCAUUCCUGCGGGCGUCCGGGUCAUCUCGCGCUCGAGAUCGCGCACCUACGUGUCUUAUGCCUGCGAUGCAUGCCGCAAGAUCAAAGUCAAGUGCGAUGGAAUUACCCCCCAGUGUUCGGCCUGCGCCCGCCGCGGCACCCAGUGCGUCUAUAACCUCGAGACCGACGGCCGUCGCACAAAAGACCUCAAACGUGAACAUGAGAUGCUCAAGAGCAACUCGCGCGACAUGCUCGAGCUCUUCCAGCUGCUCAAGUCCAUCCCGGACGACGAGGCCAUCGACGCCCUCCACCGCCUGCGCACCUCCUCCAGCCCCAGUUCAGCCCUGGCCUCCAUCCGCGGCGGCCUGCUCGCUACACACUCGCCCUCCGUCUCACACUCGGCUCGUGCCUGUCUGCCCCCCAUGAGCUCCGCCUACGAGCUCGAACUGCUCUCCGUCCACCCCGUCGCCUUCCCGGCCCUCGAGCCGCUGACCGUCACCAACGUCGACUUGAGUCUGGUCGGUGUUCCCACCCAUUUCGACGUCCGCUGGUCGCCCCCGGAACCGAGUCUCGAGCCGGCUUCGAGCCCCGAAACCCCUCCCAUCCAGCCGAUGAUGUAUCUCAACCCCCAGAGCCUCUCGCGUCUGUACAGCGGCCCCAGCAACCAUGCCUAUGCCGAUCCUCGCUUGACUCGCCUGCAGAUCGCCGCCUGGACAAACGUCCCCAUGAGCAACGAGUUUGCCGCCAACAUCCUCUCCCUCUUCUUUAUCAACGAACACCCCGUCCAAGGCUUCUUCGACGCCGACCUCUUUCUCGACGACCUCGUUGCCCUGCGCACAAAGUACUGCUCCAGGCUUCUAGUCAAUUCCAUUCUCGCCUACGCCGGCCAAUGUUAUGCAGCCGUAGAGUCCAUCUCUUCCAAGAUUAGCUUCUACUGUUACAACGAGGCCAUCAAACACUGGCGUGACGAGAGGACAUGGGACUCCCUUCCAACAGUCGCCGCAACGAUGUUGCUGAGCAUCGCCUGCAACGGAUUCGGCAUCGACUCAACCGGACUCACCUUCUUGCAUGAGAGCGGCCAGAUGGCCCAGCGCCUGCACCUCUUCGACCCUCCCCACCAGGACUCAAAGGAGCACGUCCUCGACCCGGCGAUGCAGCGCGCCCGCGCCGCCACGGCUUGGGGGGUGUUCAAUUGGCAGACCGUGCAUUCCUUCUAUUUUCACCAACCCCCGCGGAUGCUGAAUCCCCCUUCAUUACCCAUCCCGGGAGACUGGGAACGGAAUGACAAAAAGGUCUCCAUCAGUCCAAGCAGCGGCACGCCUCCCUUUCCCCAACGGUCAUCCCCGCCGUACAUGGGUCACACCUUUCCCGCCUUUUGCAAGUUCUUCCUCAUCCUCCAUGAUAUGGUCUGGAUCUUCUACCAGGACGGAGCUGUCGCUAGCAAGGCCACCCUCGCCGACGCCACAACCCUCUACCAGCGGUUCGUCACCUGGGCAGACACUCUGCCUUCUUACCUGACGCGCAGCAAAUACAGUCCACAUCACGUCAUCAACUUGCAUAUCUGGUUCCACACCGCGAUUAUCGACUGUUUCCGCCCCUUCAUCCGCUCCGCGGAACACCUGAAGCUGGGCGAGUUUCAAUCCUCCCGCACGCGGCCCGAAGACAUCUUCACGGCGUCGAUCAAGCAGCUGCAGCGGCUUGUGUACGUCUACCGAUCGUCGUACGACAGCGCCAACACGUCCAUCCUGUGGCACACGGCGAUGCUGUACGUGGCCAACGACAUCCUCAAAGACGCCUCGAACCCAGAGUCCCGCUUCUACUUUUUGCUCUGUCUGCGCGGCUACCAGCGGCUGAUGCGCUGUUUCCGCAUCGCAGGCAGUAUCGCCCGCAGCAUCCUGACCAUCGCGGUCCGCAACGGGAUCAUCACCCUGGCCGACGCGCAGACCAUCCGGCAGGACCUCGAGCGCGACGUCGACACGCUCUUCCAGCCCAGCGAGAUCUGCAGCCGCUACAUCAUCGACCUGGACCUCGCGCUGACGGAUCCAGAGCUCGCCACCAUGCAGAGACUCGUCAACGACUUUGACGCCAUCAGUCUCUCCCCGCCACACCCUGCUGAACCCGCCAGCGCGACGGCUGUCCCCAUCGAUUUCUGGAAGGGCGAUCCCAAGCUGCUUCUCAAGACCCUGGGCUCUUGACCCAUGCACCCUCCCUCUUAUGCAUCAUGUCUAUACUCUUUCCUUUCCUCCUGUUAGAAGUAAAGUAGAUGGAUACCCUUGAAUGCUAUGAUGGAUCUCUGCGGU